UCUCUAUGGUAACAACUUCACUGUGGUAACGGAUAACAAUCCGUUAACUUACAUACUCACCUCAGCUAAGCUAGAUUCUGCCAGUUAUCGCUGGCUAGCAGCCCUUUCUACGUUCAAUUUCAACAUCAAGUACAGGGCUGGAAAGAGCAAUAAAGACGCAGAUGGUCUCUCCAGGCGACCGCAUGGAAUGCUGGUUGAGGAUGACGCUUCACUGGAAGAAAGAGAGAGAAUAAAGCGGUUCACCUCACAUCAUCUAUCAUCGUCACCUGACCAUCUAAACUUACCUGUAGAUGCAGUUACAGCUCUAUGUCACAGACACCUGAUAAGAGAAACCGACAACUUACCUUCCAUCACGUUAGUUGAAUCCCUAGCUCUCAACGCCGAUGCUGUUCCAGACAUCUACAGUGAUGAAGAAUUAUUAGGUCACGUGACGGUACCCAUCUUCAGUGAGGAUGACCUCCGAGAACGACAGGAAGCUGAUCCUGCCAUCAAACAUGUUAUUCAUCUGUUGGAAUCUGGAGGCCCAGUAUCUCGGAACAUCGGUCCUAAUUCUCCUGAACUCAAACUGAUGCUCAAGGAGUGGAAGCGCCUUGAGAUGAGAGAAGGUCUCCUGUACAGGAAGCGGAAAUGUGAAGAGGAAACGAUCUAUCAACUCAUUCUUCCAGAGUCCCUCAGAGUCACUGUACUCAAGUGUCUCCAUGACGACAUGGGACACAUGGGCAUAGACCGUACCAUUGACUUAGUACGGUCAAGAUUCUACUGGCCACGAAUGGCUGCGGAUGUUGAGCACAAGCUCAAAACCUGUGGCCGGUGUGUUAGGAGGAAGACUCCGCCUGAGAAAGCAGCACCACUGGUCAGUAUCCAGACAAAUAGGCCAAUGCAAUUAGUCUGCAUGGACUACCUAUCACUGGAGCCUGAUUCCCACAAUACCAAGGACAUUCUGGUCAUCACAGACCACUUUACAAAAUACGCAGUAGCCAUACCCACGAAAGAUAAAAAAGCUACUACUGUUGCAAAGUGUCUGUGGGAACAGUUCCUGGUUCACUACGGCUUUCCUGAACGCUUGCACAGUGAUCAGGGAAGAGAUUUCGAAUCCCACACUAUUAAAGAACUUUGUGCCAUAGCUGGUAUCAAGAAAGUGAGAACAAGUCCGUAUCACCUGAGGGGAAACCCGGUUGAGCGGUUCAACCGCACGCUUCUUGGCAUGUUGGGUACUCUGAAAGAAAAAGAGAAGAGUCACUGGCGUGAUUUCGUUAAACCACUCACACAUGCCUACAACUGUACCAGAAGCGAGGUCAGUCCCUAUGAGUUAAUGUUUGGGAGACAACCCAGGCUUCCAGUCGAUAUUGCAUUCAACCUACCCGUAAGGGAAGAAACACCAGUAUCUCACUCCCAAUAUGUGCGAAAUCUCAAGUCUCGACUGGAGGAGAGUUAUCAAAAAGCCAUUGAAAACUCCCAGAAGGUUGCUGAGAGGAAUAAGCAGCAGUGGAAUAAACGAGUCAGAGAGUCUGCACUUGAAGUGGGAGAUAGAGUACUGGUGAGAAAUGUCCGUCUGAGGAACAAACACAAACUCGCUGACAAGUGGGAGUCCGCUGUGUACAGUGUCUUACAACAGAUGGGCGACUUACCUGUUUACAAGGUACAGCCAGUAGAUGAAGAUGGUCCAGUCCGCACUUUACACAGGGAUCUUCUGCUGCCAUGCGGGCAAUUGGUUGAAGUCGAGGAUGAGGAACCCAAUCAGCCAAGGCCAAUUCGUUGUCCCAGGACAAGACAAAGUUCUCCUCAGGUACAAGAAGAGGAAAGUUCUGAGUCUGAAGAGGAGUACACAGUCCUUCCCGAGGAAACCUCAGCUCUCACUGAGAAGAGGUUUACAAAGGUCUAUGAGAUCCCGAAACAGCUGGUAGUAGCUGUCAAUCCUCCCACAGAAAAGGAAGUGGGCGAGACACUACAAACCCAGUCACAAGUGGAGUCCUCUGCUGGUAAUGAGCCUGCGUUGCCAGUUGAAGAAGAAAAGGAAUUUCCUGAAGUGGUUGGAGAUCACCAGUUGGAGAGUAAUGAAAAUGGAAAACCGGGAAAUGACACUGAAAUUCCAGAAGCUCAAGAUACUCAAGGCGAGGGAACCGACUUACCUGAUGACUGUGAGGAAGGCAAUAUGGUACGCCGAUCUGUAAGGUCACGGCGGCCACCAGACCGAUUGAACUACCCACAGUUGGGUAAACCCUUCAUCUCUUUUGCUCAAAGUCUUCUAGACAGUUUCAAUCACGCACUCAUUUCCUUAGGUGACUACGACAGUCAUGAGGUUAUAGCAAUUGGAGUCAAGAUGUUAUAGCACAUGAAGGGACUCAUGCUGACUUAAGGGGGGAGUGUGUAACCCAUAUGGAAAUAUAGUGUCACUAAUAUAUUAUCCUAUUAUUCAUUUCUAAUCUAUGGUGUGCCAAAGUCACUUUGGUCACUUACAAAAUGUUAAACUUGAUGUGUCAAAGUCAUGUGGUCACUACAGUGUUAAAUUAAUGAAGCAUGCACGCAGCACGUUAUUCACAUGUUGGCCAGUAGAGGUCGCAUGCACCUUUCUCAUUCCAGACAUUCCUUCACUGAACGUCAAAAAGUGAAGGCACGAGUCAUAUCGUUGUGUUGCAAAGACAAGGUUUAUACGCUAAAAUACUUGUCAUUUCUCAAACCGAGUGUUGGAAAAGCAGCAUAAGAUAGCCUGGUUCCAGUGGGAGCCGGGUUGCUGUGUUUUGUGCUGCUGAGAACUCCAAUUGUUUUUUUGUAUGAUCCUGAAGUCUGGUUCCGAACUGGACUUGAGUUAUGAUGGCGAGCCAGUCCCAGUGAGUGAGAGUCUGCGGAGAGGGAGCGUUUGGAUGUGGUGUGGCCAGCUGCAUCGGUCUCCACACUCUGCAGUGACCUAUAACUGAACUGAUCCACCAUCAGAGUCGCAAGUAUCGAACCGAAUCAGUAUGGAAUAACGGAUUACAAUAGAACUAAGGAUUCCCAACCAAGGAAUAUAGACAGUGUUCAAUUCAUUUCUACCUGGGUAGAAUUCAUUUUUUGAAAGGACAAUUUAAAAAGGACAUUUCUUCUAUUUUGCUACUUUUGAAUUUUUGCAACAGAGCUCUAUUUUUAUUUAUUUUUGGGGGGUAUUUACAAUUUAAAAAGCACACUGUUCAUGUGUUAUUGUUUAUUAUUGUGCAAUAAAUUUGCCAGCAGUUGUUCUGUGGUCCACUAAGUACGUAACGUCUCAUUGCGAGUCUCUCAAUUAUACAGCCAA